AUGGGGCUCCUCUGUGGUUGGCCGUGGUUGCUGCUCCUGAUGUUGGGCUGGCUCAGGCCCAGCAAGAACCUGGAGCUGGUCCCCUACACACCUCAGAUAACAGCCUGGGACCUGGAGGGGAAGGUCACAGCCACCACGUUCUCCCUGGACCAGCCGCGCUGCAUCCUCGACGGGCACGGCCAGGCUAACGACACAGUCUGGCUGGUAGUAGCCUUCAGCAAUGCCUCCAGAGAUUUCCAGAACCCGAGGACACUGGCUGAGAUCCCCACCUACCCCCGGCUGAUGACCAACGGCCAUUAUAUGACGCUGCCCCUGUCCCUGAUCCAGCUGCCCUGUGUGGAUCCCAUGGAUGGUGGUGGCAGCGUGCCCCUGCUGCGGGUGGGCAAUGAUGCUGGCUGCCUUGAGGACCUCCACCAGUGGCCCUACUGCAACGCCCCCCUCCCCAGUCCUGGGCCUUACAGCGUGAAGUUUCUCUUGAUGGACCCCAGCGGUUCACCCAAGGCUGAGACAAGGUGGUCAGACCCCAUUGCUCUUCACCAAGGGAGGACCCCAGGCUCCAUCGACAUGUGGCCAGGGCGGCGAAGCGGAGGCAUGAUCGUCAUCACCACCAUCCUCUCUUCUCUGGCUGGCCUCCUACUGCUGGCCUUCCUGGCCGCCUCCACCAUGCGCUUCUCCAGCCUCUGGUUGCCAGAGGAGGUCCCAUCUCCGGAGCAGCUGCGCAUUGGCUCCUUCAUCGGGAAACGCUACAUGACCCACCACAUCCCGCCCAGCGAGGCCACCACGCUGCCCGUGGGCUGA